ACGGCAUGAGGCCACACCAUCUACGCCAUAUCAAUAUCUGACGAGAAAGGCCAUCUCUUUCUCUGUUCUUUUUGCUCUUGCAGCAUCCAUCUAUUUGUGGGUCCCGCCUUUGCGUGGUAGUCAGACUAAAGCUUCUAAUUGGCCUUGGCAAUUGGAGCUUCUGAUCGUGUUGAUAAAAUCCUUUGUGAAUCAAUGAGAUUACCGUGUAUUAGAAUCCUUUCUGGUGCUGUAUAAAGCGCCGAGGAGCACUGUGAAAGAUAUUGGUUCGGAUGGCAAGAGAUUCGUUAGUGGUCACGACAUGACGAACUGAAAAUGUCUCCAUUAGCAAUGAAUCGCUUGCGACAUAUUGGCUGGUAUGAUUUUACACUGUUCUACACACUAGUCUGUGCAAGUCACCCUUACUUGCUGUGUUGUCUCGCUAUUGGAUUUCCUGGGACUAACAGAGAUUAUUGUCUCAUGCACCUUCCAGCCCCGCCUUCACCUCUGUCUCUGUGCCCGCUUCUGCGCCCAUUUUCCGACUUGCAUUCCCACUCGCUCCUCUUUUUGUACUAUUAUCACUAUUGCCAUUAUUAUUAUGUCGCCUUAUCUGCUCCUCCGCUACAGUAUUGUACCUGUUUUAGAGUACCAGGGUCAUGGAAGAGAGAAUUCGUUUGAGCUCGAUGACCGGUGUAUAGAGACCAAUUCUAAAUUUGAGAGUGCUGUAUCGGGUAUCAUGGUUACUACGGAAAAAUGAGCAAUAUGACAGUGACAUGGUGGUCUUGUAAGGCUAAGACAGUUGGACCUUCUGUCCAAUAAGAAGAGACCUGGACUGGGUAAAUCUUCACUAGCCGCGACUAGCUAAUGUAACAGAAAUGACG